UGUUGCCUCUCCAUAAUUCUGCCUUUUAAAAACAAAAAAAAAGUAAAAACAAUUUUUCCAUCCUCUCCAUUUUCAAGAGCCAAUUUUCUCUUUUAAAAAGUGCAAAAGCCAAUUAAGCAUAUUUUCUGCUCUUUGGUAUGGAGUUUGGGGAGACUUGGAGUGGGUAUGUGUUUUUAUUUUUAUCGACUGGUACUACCUAAAAAUGUUUGCCAAUUUUCUGAGUUGUAGGAGGACGGGGGAGUGGGUAAUUUUCUUUCUUCUUUUUAACUAGAAUCAUGUGCAUUUCACUUCCGUUUUUCCUUAUUUUUCUUGUCUUUAUUAUUUGUCAUUUUUAGGAGGGUUUUCUUUUUACUGAAGUAAUUAACUGACUUAAGUUUUUUUUAAUUAAAAAAUUUUUUUUCUUUUUCAAAAAAAUUUUUUUAUUAAUUAAUUAUUUUAUUUUCUAAUAUUUUCCAACACAUAGGUCUAAAAAAUAAUUUUCUUCUUUUUUUUUAAUCUUUUAAAAUAUUUAUUACACACUCCCUCAUUAAUUUUCUUUUACAUUUUUCUUCUUUUUUUUGUACUACUUACAAACACAUUUAUUUUAUUUUUUCAUUUUUCCAAUCCGUUAUUUUCCGAUCGGACUACUAGUUGUGUGUAGUCGUUCAACUGACUCUGUCCACCCCCCUCUCCCAAAAAAAUUUUUUCUUUUUCCUUUUUCUGAUCUUCGCCCUCCCAAUUUUCCUUCCAAAAAAUCGAAUCAUAAACGUUUAAAAGUACUAAAAAUUAAAUUUAAAAUAGUUUAACCGACCUCGGUCGAUGUUUGUAACUGCUAUAAAGUCUAAAAGACUGUUUAGUACAAAAAAUUCAAGACCAAAAAAUUAUAAUCGACCAAAAAUUUCUUUUUUAAUUUGUUUUUGGUUUAUUUUAUCAACUAGCAAUUUUUUUAUUAUUUGUUGGACACAAAUGGCUAAUAAAAAUUUCAAUUUAAUCAAGAAAGGUGGUGGAUGUUCUUACAAGAUCCCAGAUGCUCAAGAUUUAAUUUUUGGUGUUCCAUUUGUUCACAUUUCUUCUCCCUCAACUCAUUCUUCUCCACUUCCUCUCCCUCGUCAUCAUUCUUUAAGAGCGCGCAAAAAGAGGUUUAGACGUGAUUUGGUUAAAGGACGUGAAUUUAGACAAUUGAGAAUUAAAUUGUAUUUUGACCCUGUCAGCAUAUUACCGUUAACUUCACUGUUGCCUGAUGCUAUUGGAUUUUGGGAGCAAGCUUUGUCUGUUCGAAAUUCACUAGCUCCAAUAAGGCUGAGCAGAAAAUGCGAGGACAACAAAUACUAUUCUGAUCAAAAUUCCCCCUUUCUGCGUUGUGUGACUCGUUGUAAACAGACUACUUAUUGUGGAGAAGUUGCUGUACCCGAUGAACAUUUAUUUUGCCGCUUCUGUAUUCAAUCAAACCCCCUUUCCUGUGUCCCUUCAGGCCCGCCUGAUGGACAAGGCAUUAUUGGCUCAGAUUUUCUUCUUUAUGUUUCUGCCGUUCCUUCGCAAAGGUGUCAAAAUGAUGAUACAAUAGCUUAUGCUGCACAUUGCCAACAAGAAGCUGAAUUGGACAGGCCUAUAGCUGGUCAUGUCAAUAUUUGUCCACAAGCACUUUCCACCCACUCACAUGAUCAAGAAGUCCUUCUCUCAACAGUUAAACAUGAAAUUUUACAUGCUCUUGGAUUCUCUGCUGGUUUAUAUGCCUUUUUUCGUGAUUCAGAAGGGCGUCCACGAUCUAGAAGAAAUCAAAAUAGUGGACGUCCCCUUUCUUUUAACCGAGAAAGAGGUUUUUAUGAUGCUGAAGCUUCCACAGUGCGUACAAUAAUUCGAGAAGAUUGGUGGACGGCGGAAGGAGAGUUACCCCAUCCUGUCCAUUUAUUGGUCACUGAAAGAAUAAUUGAAGAGGCUAGGAAGCAUUUUAAUUGUUCAAAAUUAGAAGGAGCUGAAUUAGAAAAUCAGGGAGGAGAUGGAACAUCAUUAACACAUUGGGAAAAACGUUUAUUUGAAAAUGAGGCAAUGACUGGAACACACACACAAAAUCCAGUCUAUUCUCGUUUAACGUUAGCUUUAAUGGAAGAUAGUGGAUGGUAUAAAGCGAAUUAUUCUGUUGCUGAACCUUUACAUUGGGGAAAUAAUUUGGGUUGUGAUUUUGCUAUGAAAAGUUGUGGGCAAUGGAUUAAACAAAGAAUGGAAAGAAACGAGUCAGCAGCUCCAUUUUGUGCAGAUAUUAAACAUGAUGGAAGUAAAUCUUUGGCAACUACACGCUGUACAGAUCAAAGGGAUUCUUUGGCAUUAUGUAAUUUAGUUCCACAUAAAAAAGAAUUACCUAAACAAUAUCGAAAUUUUGGCAAAUUAAAAGGUGUUAGAAAAGAAGGAAUAAAAUAUUAUGGGGGAUUUGUUGAAUUGGCUGAUUAUUGUCCUUAUAAUCAAGAAUUUGAAUGGAAAACAAUUAUUAAUACAAGUAGUGGAAGGAGGGAUAGUAGAUGUGAAUUAAUUGGUAAUGGACCUCCAGACGGGGAAAUUAGUGAAGAAUAUAAUGAGGGAAAUGCUAUUCUCGAACUUUACGGGCAUGGUUCUCGUUGUUUAGAUUUGGGUUUGAGUUGGACAGAAAAAAAGUGUGGAAGAACUCGAACAUAUUCUCAAUUUAUGGCUGGGUGUUAUCAAAUUGUUUGUUUAAAUGGCCGUGUAAAUAUUCGUGUACAUAAUUCAACAAAGCUUUAUCCUUGUUAUAAAUCUGGUCAACCAAUUUAUAUUAGAAAAUUAGUCAAUGGAUGGAUAAGGGAAGGUCAAAUACUCUGUCCUGAAUGCCAACAAUUUUGUUCUAAUAAAAAUUUUGAAGAAAAAAAAGAAGAUUUCUGUCUUCCCCCAACAGAUCCACCAUUAAAUGAAGGAGAAAUUGGUGAUGAUCCUUUAAUUGUUGAACUCCCAUGUAAAGCAUAUCGUAAUUAUUUUAAUAUUUUAAUUAUUUUUCUAUUUUUAUUUACCAAAUCUAGAGCUGUUUUUUUUUCUAAUUUUUAA